AUGAGAGGACAGGCGGAAGAGGAGGUGCUUGAGCUGCGGCGAGCGCUCACGGACGCCGAGGAGCAGGUGUCGGAGCUGCUGCGCGAGCGGGAUGAGCUCAAGGGCGAGUUAACCGAGACCAGGUCCACGCUGCAGCAAGCCGCUGAAUUUGGCUCCCAGCUCGUUGCCCAGGCCAACCAGAGCAAUGCCGAGCUGGAGUCUGUUCGCGCAGAGCUCGAGGCCAAGGCGCUGGAGAUUGAGAGCUACCAAGCACAGAUGCAGAAGCUCACGACGAAGAACCAGGAGCUUGAAUCCGAGCUGGCGGUUGUGCUUGAGGAGAUCGAGCACAAUGAGCAGCUGUCAAAGGAUAUGACGACACGGACGGCGAAGCAGCAGCAGCGCGAGAAACAGCACCAUGCUGUUGUGUCGCGGCUUGAGGACCGGCUGGUGAUUGCGACGAGCGAGGUGGAGCGGGCAGAGCGACGGGCGCACGCGGCGGAGGAGGAGAGGGACGUGCUGACGGCCAAGAUGGAGACACACGCCGGCACCAUUGAGGAGCUGCAGAUGCAGGUGCGCUGCCUUGAGAGCGACUUGUCUGCGAUAAAGGAAGACCACAAGCACGAGCUGGAAGACGUGCUUGCAAGCAAGGAGGAGGCCGAGGAGAAGUUCAAAACGCUGCAGACGUCCAGCCAGCAAUUGCGCAAUACGCUGAUGGCGCGCUUUUCCGCCCAGCAGUCUAAACACGCGGAGGAGGUGUCGCAGCUUGAGGAGCUGGUGAGCGAUCUCAAGGAAGAGCUCCGGCACGUCCGAGAACAACUGGCAGACGGCGACGGCAACGGCUCUGGAGACGAGGGUGGGCUGUCGCUGGAAAUGGAGAUUGGGAAGCAGACGAUGAUGGAGGAAUUGCGAACGCAGCUGGCAAACACACAGCGCAGUGUUGAGGAGAAGGAUGCCGCUAUGGCCAAGGCCGCAGCCGCACACGCAGAGGAGGUGGAGGCGUUGUCCCAGCGGUUGCUUGCAAGCAAAGAGGCGGCGGCGGCGGCAGAGGAGAAACGCACCGCCGCUGGUGUUGAACUCGCCGCACUCAAGCAGGAGCUCAGCACGGUCACCAAAGAGCUUGCAUCGGCGCGCGCGUCCGAAAGCGAGCAGAAGAAGCGGGCGGGCGAUCUUGAGGAGACGACGUCGGAGCUCAAGGCCGACCUGCACCGCACCAAGCGUGCACUCGAAACAGCAAAGCAGGAGGCCGGGGAGAGCGGGCGAGCGGCGGCGUUGGCGGUGGAAGAGCUGGAGCGGAAAUUGGAGCGCGCAACAGCAGCGGCGGCAGCAGCCAGCAGCGAGGCCGAGAGGGAGAGGGACGCACGACGCGCACACGAGCAGGAGCAGCAGGAUGUCAUUGCACAGCUGCAGGCCGAGCGGUCGUCACUGCUGGAGAAGUCUGAGACGGCCGGUGGCGCCCGCCGCCGCCGCACGACAGCGCCAGGAGGAACUCGCCACCCAGCUCGCAUUCACACCGCCGACACACACACGCGACCCGCCGUGCUGGGCGCACUCAAGCUGGGCGCAUAUGCGUUACGCGACGCCGUGGACAUCAACGCACUGCUUCCAACGCUCCUACAACUCUUCCACGAGCACACGCACAACCGCGUUGCUGUUCGUCGCCGUGUCCUGCAGGUGUUUGCGUCCUGGCUCCCCGUCACGCUUUCCGACGAGAGCAAACUCGAACUCUACAGGGCGGAGGCGGCAAAUCUCUCCACGCAGCUGCAAGAUAUCACGCGGCGCAACGAGGAGCUUGCGUCGUCGCUCAAGAGCGCAAAGGAGACGUCGGACAAGCGCAAACAGGAGAUUUCGGCGCUGAAAUCCGAACGGGUCGAACUGACGGCCACCGUUGAUCGCAUGACGCUCGAGGCCACCAGGCUCCAACAAACCAUCGACACCGUCAAAGAUAAGGCCGCCGCUGACGCCAGCGCAUUGGAGGAGCUCAGGGCGACGCAUGCCGAGUUGGAAAAGCAUGUGGAGGAGAUGAAGAGCACGCACGCGCGCGCGCUGUCCAUGAUGAAAGAUGACCACGCACGAGAGAUCGAGACGGCGGUGCACGCAGCACGGGCGGAGGCGGCGGCACAGCGCGAGCAGCUGGAGCAGUUGCAUGCGAGCAAGCUCGCCGAACUGCAGCAGGCCGCAGACACCAGCAAGACGGCAACAGCACAACAACUGGCAUCGCUUCAACAGCAGAAGGACGAGAGUGACGCGCGUGCAAAGGAGCUGAACAAUCGCAUUGCUGAGUUGGAGAAAGACCUGGCAGCAGCGACAACACGUGCGGAGGAGGCCACAGCAAGCACAGCUAUGGCACGGGAGGAGAUUGCGUCAUUGCAGGCGGAGCUGACGCAACUCAAGGAGAAGGCGGGCCGUGACGCCGCCACGCUCGACGCCGCACGUGCACAACACGAUGAGGCAGCACGCGACCUGCAGCAACGGGUGGAGGAGUUGUCCACACAAGCGGACACACUCACACGCGAGCGAGACGACGCAGCGCAACAGCUGGCAGAUGCGCGCACCGCCCUCCAGACCACGGAGAAGAAGGUGGACGAGCUGCAAUCGGACAUCGCUUCCGCCAGCACGCGCGCACGUGCCGCGGAGGAGGAAAGCAAGCGCUUGUCUGACGCUCUUGCUGAGCUGAAGGCGGAGCUGAAAGACGCACACGCCCACAUGCACGAGGUCAAGGAGCAAAGCCAGGACGAGCUGUCGCGCGUGCGUGCAAGCAUGGAGGAGAAGCUGGCACGCGCAGAGGAGGCCGCAACCAGUGCCGCCAACACACACGCCAGCGACAAGGAGGCGUGGUCGCAGCAGCGUGCGGCGCUUGAAACGCGUUUGGCCGACGUGGAGGAGCGCGCACACCGCGCGGAGGACAGCCUGUCCGCCACACGUGCAGAGGCGGAGCGCUCAAAGGCGACAGUCGCCUCCCUGCAACAGCAGCUCUCGUCGCUGAGCAGCGGGAAAGAGGCGGCGGUGCAGCAGGCCGGACAGCAGGUGACACAGCUGCAGGAACAGCUGUCCGCGGCCCACAGCGCACAUGCGCAGCGCGAACAGGAGCUGCUGGCAGAGAUGAGGGCGGUUUCAGGCGAGCGCACACAACUGCAGCGAGAACUGGAGGAGAGGACAAGGCAGGCGGACGAAGCCGCCGCCGCUGCACACACACGCGCGCGGGAGCUUGAGACAGAUGUUGAGCGCGCACGUGGCGAGGUGGCGGCAGCACGGGAGGCGCUGGAGACAGCGCGGGCGCAAUCGGAAGAGCGUGCUCGCGCCAUGCGCAAGACGGAGGAGAAGCUGAGGUUGGAGCUGGCGGCUGUCAAGGAGGACCUCAAGGGGCGCGACGAGGCAAACACCAAACGCAUUUCGCAGCUGGAAGCAGAGGCACAGGAGGUGUCAUCGAAGCUGGCGGCGGCAGAGAGCGCAGUGAAGGAUGUGACAGCACAACUGGAAGAGGAGCGCGCACGUGCGCAGACGUUGGAGGCGCGAGAAAAGGCGUUGGCAUCCGAGCAGGCGAGCGCGGCCGCAGCAGACAGGGAGGCGCUGGCACGUGCGCAAGCAGAGAUUGCGUCACUGAAGGGCGAGCUUGCAUCAGCGCAGGAAGCGGCUGCGGAGGCGAAGAAGCAGGUGCAGACGGGCAAGGAGGUGGUGAUGGCGCUGCGCGAGGCGAUGGACGCCGCCGAGGAAGAGACAGCAGCCGCUGAAGAGGACCUGGCAGCCGCAACGGAGCAGCACGCAGCCGAGGUGGCAGCGCUGACGAAAGCGCGUGACGAGGCAGGGGCGGCAUUGGCGGCAGCCAAGGAACACGUGGUGUCGCUCACCGCGCAGCUUGAAGCGGUACAGCGGGAGGCGUCGGAAGCGAAGGACGAGAGUGCGCGUGUGCGCGCUCAAUUGGAGGCGGUGAAGAAGGAGACGGAGUCCACAGCACAGCAAUCAGCGGAGGAGGCAGCAGCAGCGCGCAACCGGGCACAGGAGCUGGAGAAGGAGCUUGAGGUGCUGAAGAAAACACACGCACGUGCGCUGGAGGAAUCAUCCGCAGCUGCUCGCGCGGCGGAACAGAAGUUGGAGGAGCUGCGACUUGCACACAAGACGGAGAUGCAGCGCAAUCAACAGCUGCAGGACGACCUCAUGCAGGACAAAGAGGAAGAGCUUGAGGACGUGCAGGAGGUGGUCAACGACUUGAUGUUGCAGCUGACACGUGCACAGCAGGAGACUGAGCAGCACAAGAAAGCAGCAGAGGAAGCACGUGCCAGCUUUGCAUGCAAGCAGCAGGAGGCACGGGAGGCGCUGGAGGCCGAGGCCGCGGCGCACGUAGAUACGAAGCAGGAGCUUGCCAGGCGCAACGCUGAGGUGGAGCAGACACAGGCACGCGUGUCAAGCCUGCAGGCAGAACUCAACGAAUUGUCCACCGCAAAGGCAGAGCUGACGCGCAAGCUGGAGGAGGCGCAGGACCGCGUGCAGACACUGGAGAAGCAGGCUGACGAGAGCAAAACGCACGUGCAGGAAGGUGCGGAGUAUGUGAAGACGCUGCUGCAGGACAUUGAGGAAUUGGAGGCCGAUAUCAAGGAGGAGCAGGACACCAACAAGCAGCUCAAGUCCACCAUUGCCAAGCUCGAAGGCGAUGUGCAGGAGCAGCGGGCAGCCGCCAGUGCUGCCUCCUCCCUUCAGAGCCAGGUCGCAGCACUCCAGGCCUCCCUCUCCCAGGUGCAACAAGAGAAGACGCAGCGGGAGCAGGAGCUGGAGGAAGUGACGGCUGUGCGCGAUCAGGUGGAGAAGCGGUCCCAUGCGCUCGUCGAAUCGCAUUCCAGGGAAAUCGAGACUGUCACCGCCCAAUACGAAUCAGACCUCACGCAAGCACGCGAGGAAGUGCAGAAGCUCAAGGACGAGAUUUCGAGCAUGAUGGACAUGGUGUCGGACCUGACGUCCGAGCAGGAGGAGCUGCGCGCACAGCUCAGCGAGCAGGAGCACGACCACGCCAUGGCCCUCGACAUGAAGCAGUGCGACAUUCGGCGCCUGCAGAUUGAUUUGGAGGAGGCCCAAGACGAGGCUGCGUCACUCCGCCGCAGGCUGGACGGACAGACCGACACAAGCGCCGCUGCGUCCGCGGCAUUGGAGCAGAAACAGGCGGAGCUUGAAGAGUUGAGGGAGGAGCUGGAGCAGGCCCGGUCGCGCGAGGCGACGGCCAACCGCGACUACGACGACCUGUUGCAGAGCUUCACGGAGCUCAAGGAGGAGAUGCGCGUGAUGCAAGAGGAGUAUGAGCUUGCGGGCGGCGACCGCUCCCUGCAGGGCCUCGUGGGCGUGGAUGUGUCCACGCUGCAGCAGGAGGAGUACGUGGAGGAAAUGCAGAAGCUGCAGGCGCAACUGACGACUGCAAGCGCGCGCGUGGACCGGCUCUCUGGCGAGAAUGAGCGGCUGUCGCGUCGAUUGGCCGAAGCAAAGGAGGCGCUGUCCACGGCGGAGGAGGAGGCCGCAAGCCUGACGCGCGAGGUCAACGAUCUGCUGCGCAUCAACUCCGAGCUCAAGACGGAGAACCAGGAGCUUGCAGGCAACCAGGGGGCGGACACCACGGUGCAGGGCCUGCUCGGCGACGCCAACCUCUCCGUGGUGCAGAGGGAGCUUGCGGAUGAUGAGAUGAACGAGCUCAAGCAGCAGCUGCGCGCGUCGGAGGAGACGGUGGCACAGCUCAACGCCGCCCUCGAGGAAGCGAAACGCGAGGAGGAACGCACCGCUGCCAGGCAUGAGAACGAAUGCAGAAAGCUUCGCGACGCCCAGGCCAAGGCGAGCGCGGAGGCAGACAGCCUGCUUGAUCUCAUGACGCAACUCACGCGCGAGAAGCGGGAACUGGAGGCCCGCAUUAAGGAUGAUGAAUUCGAUGCGAAAUUAAGCGACGGCAUUGACGCCGCUGGAUCGCUCGCCCGGCAGCAGCUUGAGGAAGAGAACGCCGAGCUCAAGGAGAAGGUUGAGCUCCUCAAGGCGCAGGCAGAGCAAUGCAAAGACGAAGCAGAUGCGAGUGCGCACUCUCUGCAGCUGCUGCAGGAGGACUUUGACCGCACCGUUACAGAGCUCAAGGAAGAAAUCAGUGGGCUGCUCGCCGACAACAAGGAGCUGCGCGACAAACUCGACGACGCAGGCGCCGCUGGUGCCGGCCAUGACGCAAGCGUGCGCGGGCUGCUGAGCGAAUCGGUCGUGACAAACAUCCAGACGGCGCUUGCUGACGAUGCGCACGAGACGCAGGCGGCAGCAGCACGCGCAGCAGAUGAGCGCGCCACCAAGGCCGAGCACGCUCUUGCGGAGGAGAUUCGCGCGCGAAAGCAGCUCGAGCGCGACAUUGCAGACGCACGUGCAGAACAGCAGCGUCUGCAACAGCUACUGCUCACGACGCAACAGCAGUCCGCGUAUGCCAGUGGCGCAGUCAUUUCUGUCGAAGAUGAUGCCGCCACACCAGCACCACAUGUCACACGCAGUACACCAACAUCGCCUGCGUCAGCGCGACGCACGCACGAUACGUCUGGACGCACAGGCGGGCGGGCUGCCCACGGCCACGCUGCCCGUGCACGCCCCGUGUUUUCACUCGACAGCCCGCUGCCACGCUUGCCCAAGUCCCUCGUGACGUCGACUCCAGCACCACACAAGCAGCGGAGGGAGCAGGGCCAUGGCGAUGGCGUGAUGGCCACCACACCCGAGCUCGAGGUGGUGUUGGACAGCAGCAACAACAGCAACAACAGCAACAACAACACCGGUCGUGGUGGUGCCGGUGAUACUGCUGGUGGUGACGAUGGCGCCAAAAUUGUUCGCGAUGAAGAAGAAAGCGAGCAGGACCGCAGCAAGGAAAACCAGACACCCGCAGCGCGUGUGCACGUACAUGACGAUCUUGGCGAUGGCAGUGCGGGCGACCGAAGCACGUUCGGUGAUGUGGGCGUGUCCGCAGUGUCACUUGUCGUGGAUGAUGCGUCGAGGUGUGAACUGCAGCGGCAGGCGGCAUACACAACGGACAGCGCCGGUGAUGGGCGUGGCAGUGUGGGCGGCGCUAGUGUUGAACAGAGCAAACACACACAGCCCACGUCGCCGAAGCAGACCAUGACGGAGAUUGGGCAGUUUUUUGCCAGGCUGAAGCAAACGGAACCAUAG